GCCAUUUGUGUGUUUGAAGCCUCAGUGUGUUUCCUCGCAUAGGGUUUUGAGUCUCAAUGCUUUGUGCUCUGAGCUGGCACAGAUGGACUCUCCCAUUCCUGUCAUGAAUUUUGCAUCGCUGCUCUCCCAGCACUGGGGCUAAAUGCAGUGUGUUAUCCCAGCUGUGCAUGCAGUCAAACUGAAUGUGAUUUGUGCCAUCAUGCUUGCAGCAUGUCACACAUGCUGGGAGGGAACUGAAGUAAAGUCUUCUCAUUAGAAGAUCAGUACUUGGUAAGCCCAAGUUUGUGUGUCGAAGCUUCUUCCCUUCAUUUGCAUGUGCGUUGGAAUGGUGGUUGUUUUAAUCAUUGCAGGAGUUCAGCCAACCUCCCACAAACAUGGCAGACGAGGACCUUAUUUUUCGUAUGGAAGGGAUUGAUAAUGCCAGAUCAACUACAGCCAGCUCUGGGAAUUAUCUUGAUGCUGAUAGUGAUGAUGAAGACAGUUAUUUUAUCUGCCCAAUAACUGAUGAUCCAGUUUCUAACAAGUCUGCCAGUAUCAAAGUUGACAAUUAUUAUAGCAAUUUAGCAAAAACUGAACAGUACAGUUCAAGCUCUUCUCCUAGAAACUCAUUUAGCUUUAAGAAUGACACACAGCAUCGUUCUAAGCAUGGCUCUGUGGUUGACCAUAGUCGGGAAGCCUGGAAACAUGCUAUUGAGAAAGCUAAGCACAUGCCUGAUCCGUGGGCAGAAUUUCAUCUUGAGGACAUUGAGACAGAACAUGCCACUCGUUACAGGUACAAUGUGGUUACUGGGGACUGGGUUGAAGAUGAAGUCCUCAUCAAGAUGGCUUCACAACCUUUUGGUCGUGGAGCAAUGCGGGAGUGUUUCAGAACGAAAAAGCUGUCUAACUUCUUACACACGCAGAACUGGAAAGGUGCCUAUAACUAUGUUGCCAAGCAAUACAUAGAGAGUGUGGGCAGGGAUGUGUAUUUUGAGGAUGUCCGACUUCAGAUGGAAGCAAAACUCUGGGGAGAGGAGUACAACCGGCACAAGCCACCAAAACAGGUGGAUAUAGUACAGAUGUGUAUUAUCGAAAUGAAGAACAGACCUGGAAAGCCUCUUUUUCACCUGGAACAUUACAUUGAGGGCAAAUACAUAAAAUACAACUCAAAUUCUGGAUUUGUGCGAGAUGACAACAUUCGUCUUACCCCGCAAGCCUUUAGUCACUUCACCUUUGAGCGCUCAGGACAUCAACUCAUUAUUGUUGACAUCCAGGGUGUUGGAGAUCUUUACACGGACCCUCAGAUCCAUACAGAGAGUGGUACAGAUUUUGGGGACGGCAACCUAGGUGUUCGAGGUAUGGCCUUGUUCUUCCAUUCUCAUUCCUGCAACAAGAUUUGCAAAAGUAUGGGGCUUGCACCAUUUGAUCUUUCAUCCAAAGAGAAGGAUGCCUUGGAUUGUAACAGAAAAUUGCUUGAAUCCGCUCAAACAAUUCUCCGUGGCACAGAGGAAAAGUGUGGCAGCAGCCGGGUGAGGACGCUCUCUGGUAGCCGACCCCCUCUGCUCUUCCGCCUGUCUGAGAACUCUGGAGAUGAAAGCAUGAGUGAUGUAGCAUUUGACUCUCUGCCCUGCUCUCCUUCCUCAGCAACCCCUCACAGCCAAAAGAUGGACAUGCUUUGUUGGCCUGUGUUCAAUGAAGUAGAUAACCUUGUUCACAAAGACUAUGAUCAGCUUGAUAACCAAAGGGAUUGUGAAAACGGUGGAGACAGUGGAUAUCCCAGUGAAAAGAGAAGUGAGCUAGAAGAUCUGGAUCAUAGAGAGAGGGGCCAUUCAAACAACAACCGAAGACAUGAAUCUGAUGAAGACAGUUUGGGAAGCUCUGCAAGGAUCAGUGUGGAGAAACUGAAUCUGUACAACUCUAGAAGAGUCCACAUCCACAGACCAUCCUGUGUUGCCCAAGAAAUUCAGAGGCUCAAUGCACUAGAACUUGAAAAGAAAAUUGGGAAGUCCAUCCUUGGGAAGGUUCAUUUGGCCAUGGUUCGCUAUCAUGAAGCUGGGCGUUUCUGUGAGAAAGACAAGGAAUGGGAUCAGGAGUCAGCCCUGUUUCACCUGGAGCAUGCUGCAGACUGCGGGGAGCUGGAAGCCAUCGUUGGGUUAGGACUCAUGUGCGCUCAGCUGCCACAUCACAUUCUUUCUGAGGUCACUCUUGAGGACACAAAGGAAAACAGGAAUAAAGGAUUUGAUUACUUGCUGAGAGCAGCAGAAGCUGGAGACCGACCUUCCAUGAUUCUGGUAGCAAGAGCAUAUGAUACAGGUGUAAAUCUUGGUUCAGACAGAGUACAGGAUUGGAAGGAGGCACUGUACUGGUACAAUGCUGCACUGAACAUGACUGACUAUGAUGAGGGAGGUGAAUAUGAUGGCACUCAGGAUGAGCCCCGGUAUCUGCUCCUGGCAAGGGAAGCAGAGAUGUUAAUGACAGGAGGGUUUCACCUGAAUAAGGAUCCACAGAGAUCAGGUGAGCUGUACACCGAAGCAGCAGAAGCAGCAAUGGAAGCUAUGAAAGGCAGACUGGCAAAUCAGUACUACCAAAAAGCAGAAGAGGCUUGGGCGAUGAUGGAAGAAUAACAAUGCAAUUAAGCAGUUCUUGUAUAUAAUUAUUUUAUAAACUUGCUGCAUUUGCAACUAAAAAGAUGUAUUUUUA